AUGUUGAAAACGCGAAUUUGGAAGUCAGUAAAACUCGCCCAGCGCUGUAGACAUGGCUGGAGAAACCAAAUGGAAGAAAAUAUGGCUAAAAACGCUUCACGAAGACGCGAAAUGUAUUUCAUUCUUCGAAAAAAGGGACUUCCUCACAAAAGUUUGAUGAAAAAGAUCCAGCAAAUGGAAGAUCAAGGAGUAUCAACCCGAAAUUACAAAUGGGACGGUUGGGAUCCUUUGGAAUUCGACGAAGCUUUCAUGCAGCAGAAGAAGAUGCGAGAGAAAGCGGCGAUUGAGGAUGAAAGAGAAGCGAAGAUGGCGGAAAAAUUCAUAACGCUGGAAAGAAGAGAGUUCGAAGAAGCAGAAAGGCGAAGAACAGAAGAAGAUGCAGAGCCAGAAGCUUUUGUCUCGGAAAACGAAGAAGGGAGAGAUCUAGACGUAGAUUCGCAGAUGGUUCUGUUAGGCAAAACAAGAGAAGAAAUCGACGAUUAUUUUCAAAACGGACCCUGGCCAGACAAAACCUACUGGAGAAAAGGAUUCAAGAACUUUUUAUCCCUCAACCGGAGAUCGCGAAAAAUGGUGAUUGACAGAGUCGAGGAGGACGAAAAAGUGCAGCAUAAACUGAAAGAGUUGAAGCAAGACUGGUAUUUGAGGAAAAACAAGCUCAUUAAAAUCGAAGGGGUGGAAAAUAUCGGCUGCGCAUUGCAUCUGGAUUUUUUGGAGAGAGAAGCAAGGAUUGAAAAACAUGGGCUGAAGGUGGUUGAUAGAACUGAUGUGGGAAAACGAUGCGUGCAGUACAUUUUAUUCAAUCGAUGGGAGGAUCUUCGGAAGUUGAAAUUGACGGAAAUGCGAGGGAGCACACUGUACCAAGUGGGCAAGGAUGUGAUAAGAGAGUACUCGGAUCACAAAGCGCCCCCUAAAGUUAUUGCUUUCGGAUCCCCACCGAAUGAGCAUAGACAGAAACUCCUCAGAGACUUGCGAAAGAAUGAUCCUCUCCGCCAUAUUCGACUAGUUCUCGAAGCAGGAAUCGACAAGAUGGAAAAAGGCGCAAUUCUUCGAGCCGCCAGUCUGGCAGGAGUCAACUCGGCUUUCCAACUCGACUAUCCUGGAUUUAUUUCUGACAAUUUCAACUCCGAAACUAUCCGUGGCUCCGCAGGACUAAUUUACACUCUUCCUCUUCAUCAGCGAGCCACGAUGGCGAAAAAUGACUACUCAAGUAACAUCAAAGAUAAGACAAAUGUGUCGAAAAAGAAGGAAAAUCAUAUUGACCCAUUUCAACUCGCCGUUAAUUCUAAUCCAGACUAUCAGCCAGCCGUUUUUCUUACCCAACCCGAAAGUAACGAAAACGACGAAGAACUCCAACAAAUCGAAGCUGUCGAUGUUCACGACGUCGAUUGGACUUAUCCUAACAUCAUGCUCGUUGCAGCGGACGAGUGGAUUUCUGACGAAACAAAAAGGCUUUUGAAAGAAUAUGACACAACUUUCAGACUCGUUUCAACGACUCCCUCUAACCCUGUCUUUCAAAAAGCAAACAUAUCUCUCAAUUCUAGCGUAUCAAGCGCUUUAUUCGAGGCAAGACGCCAAAUAGAUGAAGAAAACGUACAAGAAGACCCUGAAGAUUUUCUAUCCGAAAACGAUCCUAUUCCAGAAAAUGUUGAAAACUUGCAAAUUAAGCUCGAAUAA